AUGUCUCUUCCUCCUAAGCCUCUCCCCGAAGCCUUCUGGCCAACUAUCAGACAGGCCAUAGACAAGGGCAGCAACACCAAUUCUGACAACCAGGCCAUCACUCCUCAGUGCCCCAUCUGCAUGGAGCCCCUCCCAGUGAAAUCUUUCCCUGCCGAAGGUGAGUUGGAUGCUGAGGUCUUGCUCUGCGGUCAUGUUCUCUGCCAGCCUUGCCGCAAACAGUGGGAGCAAAGUGACUUGGGAGACCGGUGCCCUGCGUGUCGAACCACUCUUUACUGCAAACGCUGUGAGGUAAGCGCCAUUCCUCUUACCAUCCCCAAGAACGACGAAGGAUCCAGUCUUCCUCCAGGUAUUCCUGAGGGUAAUCAAGACUUCUGUCCUGAUUGUCAAGCUGAGGUUGAGUUUCACAAGGCUGUUGAGAACGGUGAGUGGCCUCAUAACCUAGAUGAAAUGGAGCCUGGUUUUAUCAGCCUUUUCUACCAUGUUGUCAACGACAUUGAGAAGGAUGGUGAUGUUGCUACAAUGUCAAGGGUUCAGGAUGCGAUUAUGGACACCAUCAUGCAGGAGUUUUCAAACAUGAUGGUCAGUCGUCGCAUGGUCACGCUUGGCCGUGGCAACACGCUGCGAGAGGCGAAUCCAUGGUACGCCGAGAACAAAACACGUCAAGAAAACCGUCGUAACGGGAUUAUCGGCUUUGACUCGGAAGAUGAUGAGGAGCCUGGUGCAAACACUCCAGCUGGUAUCCCUCAUCGAAUUGGGGAUCCAUUUGUAAUCGGAGUGUAUGAGAGACAUGGAAAUGUUCAUAUACCGCUAAACGCUCGCCCCGGGGAUGUUAUAUAUGGCGGGCCUCAUCCCUGGGAUCAUGGCCUUGCCAAUCAGUUUGACGUCCAGGAUGGCAUCGCACGUCCGAAUGCAGAAGCACCACGAUCCGACAAUAUAAGCUCCAUUGUCCGAGCAAUCUGGGGGCCAGAAGGAGCAGAAGGAGCAGAAGCAGGAAGAGCUCGAGGAGAAGCAGAGGUAGUGCCUCGAGAAACAGAUGAACCGAUGAGGGCUUCAAGACAGGUACCCUUGACUGUCUUUGCACGUCCCAGCGCAGCAACACAGACAGCUCAAGAUGAUGAUAGACAGCCACCAGAUGCUGACGAACCUAGACAGUGGGCUGAGUUCCUACAACUACAACGGGAGGGUAAUCCUUCUCCUGCGGCAGCUGGAGCGGCCAGACCAGCUCGAGUCCAUCCAGAGGGAUCGGCGGCUGCAAUUCUUGAGCAACUCAGGCCCGUGGACGAACACUAUUACCCUGAUAUGCCUACCUGGGACGAAUAUGUUGACAAUGCGGAUGCGUAUUUGGCUUCCCACGCUAAUGAUCCUAACUGGCCACCUCUGACACGUGCGGAGUAUAUAGCAGAGCACGAGGAGUAUAUGAGAAGGCUUGUGGCGAAUAGAACGGCUGCGUCGUCGUCCAGUGCGGCAUCCGGUGCACAGAACUCGAGCUUCAUGGAUAUGGACGACAGCGACGAGGAGAUGUCGUCGGGUGAUCAGCCCGUCUCUGAGCGCUGA